GGUAUGUUACUCCUAUUAUUGAUGCCAUUAGCCUUGGCUCAAAACCUGUAUGGACCGUCACAGCUCGAUCAGUAUGCACGACUGCUAAAUUCUGGAAAUCUCGGAGGUUUUGGCUUCUUCCAAAAUGCUCUAGCUCAAGGCACUGUGCGAGGUCUUGGUGACUUGAACCCACCACCAUUGUUGGCUGGAUUACCACCACUUCCUUUGACUCAUGAGGAAGUUAUGAGGCAACUAACUUCAACGCCUCCUCCUCCUACAACGCGAGCUACAGCUAUUCCUACUACUCCUUCAUCUAACCCUGGAGGUGUCUACGCUGUCAAUUCAAUGGUAGAGAUGCCUCCGAUGCCAGAAAAUCGAUUACAUGGCACCUUUGAUGACGAUGGCGUAUUCCAACCUGACAAUAAAGAUCAAAAAUCGGAAGAAGAUCACAUUAUCAGAAAUCAGAUUCAAGGCACAAAAAUUCGUGAUUUCUCACAACCUGAACGAGAUACUGUUGAAGGACAACUUGAAGAAAUUCCAGUUAAAGAGGAUGAGUACAGUGAUGAUCGCUCUAUAGAAGAUCCUGCAAUUCGACAUUCAUCUGCAGUAGAAGCACAUCAGCUGGCUGAACACAUCAAAAAAGCUCGAUUACCGCGACAGAAUUCCCCUGUAAGCAAAGAGUGUCUUACCCUUAUCCAAUUACUGUUCAUUCAAAUCCACAUGUUUAGGCCGAAACCACCACCAACUCAGAGAGAGCCAGAAUAUAACAAUCUUCUUGCUGAAAUCGAGGAAUAUGAUGAUUUUUUGGAGCAGCAGCGAAUUUACCGAUCUCGCUAUCCACAUGCGACACUAAAAAAUCCUUAUCGAGAACUUCCUGCAGGACAACUUCCAGCAGCUGGAGCUUAUUCGGUAAAACAUCUUAUUAGGAUUCCAUGCACUGUUGAUCACAACAUUGGCGAUUAA